AUGGACCACAUCACUAUGGACCGCAUCGCUAUGGACCACAUCACUAUGGACCACUAUGGACCACAUCACUAUGGACCACAUCGCUAUGGACCACAUCGCUAUGGACCGCAUCACUAUGGACCACAUCACUAUGGACCACAUCACUAUGGACCACAUCGCUAUGGACCACAUCGCUAUGGACCGCAUCACUAUGGACCGCAUCACUAUGGACCACAUCACUAUGGACCACUAUGGACCGCAUCACUAUGGACCGCAUCACUAUGGACCGCAUCACUAUGGACCACAUCACUAUGGACCACAUCACUAUGGACCACAUCACUAUGGACCACAUCACUAUGGACCGCAUCGCUAUGGACCGCAUCACUAUGGACCACAUCACUAUGGACCACUAUGGACCGCAUCACUAUGGACCACAUCACUAUGGACCACAUCACUAUGGACCACAGCACUAUGGACCGCAUCACUAUGGACCACAUCACUAUGGACCACAUCACUAUGGACCGCAUCACUAUGGACCACAUCACAAUGGACCACAUCACUAUGGACCACAUCACUAUGGACCACAUCACUAUGGACCACAUCACUAUGGACCACAUCACAAUGGACCACAUCACUAUGUACCACAUCACUAUGGACCACAUCACUAUGGACCACUAUGGACCACAUCACUAUGGACCACUAUGGACCACUAUGGACCACAUUACUAUGGACCGCAUCACUAUGGACCACAUCACUAUGGACCACAUCACUAUGGACCACUAUGGACCACAUUACUAUGGACCACAUCACUAUGGACCACAUCACUAUGGACCACAUUACUAUGGACCACAUUACUAUGGACCACAUCACUAUGGACCACAUCACUAUGGACCGCAUCACUAUGGGCCGCAUCACUAUGGACCACAUUACUAUGGACCACAUUACUAUGGACCACAUCACUAUGGGCCGCAUCACUAUGGACCACAUUACUAUGGACCACAUUACUAUGGACCGCAUCACUAUGGACCGCAUCACUAUGGGCCGCAUCACUAUGGACCACUAUGGACCACAUCACUAUGGACCACAAUGGACCACAUUACUAUGGACCACAUCACUAUGGACCGCAUCACUAUGGACCGCAUCACUAUGGGCCGAAUCACUAUGGACCACAUCACUAUGGACCACUAUGGACCACAUUACUAUUGA